AUGGAAAGGAACCUGAGUGAUAUUGUCUGCUAUCGUUCCAGGCGUCCUAGCAUUGAUGAAGGCCAAGCAUCAAAUGAGGAAGACAGCUCUCAUGGACCUGCAAGGACUCAUUCUCUUGACUGUACGAAAUUAGCAGAGUUGUAUGAUUCACCCAACGCAAGGUCUGAUCACGGUAGCUCUCUUCAUCUUGGAUAUUCUUGUAUUGAUCGAGCUGCCAUUAUUGCUGAUGCUUGGAAUCAUUUGAGACGCUCUAUUGUUUACUUCAGAGGGCAGCCUGUUGGCACAAUUGCUGCCCUUGAUCACUCUUCCAAUGAUGCAUUAAACCAUGAUCAGGUUCUCCUCCAAAUUCCAUUUCACUCAGAUCAUAGUUAUUUUCUUUGUCAAUAA